AUGCAUGCACUUCUUUCUGGAAAGUCUAAAAUGUUAUGUUUGGCAUCGGGACACACUCCUCUGAAGGGUUCCUAUCUAUUCCUAGUCGUCGACAGGCACGCGAUGAAGUUCGGAAGGAAGAUCACGACUAACCUUUAUGAUGAGUGGAGACCCUUCUACAUCGACUACAACUUGUUGAAGCGUGAACUCAAGUCUCGUACCACCUCUCACAGCUGGGACGACAAAGAUGAACGUGAUUUCACCACCAUGUUGAAAAAAGAGCUCGACAAAGUUCAUGAUUUCCAGAAACAGAAGUCGUCCCCCAUCCAUUGCUCUGACCCAGAAUCGCAUCAAGCACGUCCUUCCGACUAUGGUCCCGAUGAGGGUUCCGACGACGACGACGAUAUUGACGAUAACCAAUCUGAUGCAUCACUCGAAGACCUUUUUCACGGCCUUCAAGAAGAAGUUGCCACCCUCGUAGCAGACGUUCAUGACUUGGCGCUGUACACUAAGUUGAAUAUCACUGGUUUUCUCAAAAUCCUAAAGAAACAUGAUUUAUCCAAACUGUACGAUCUGGUCCGCACCCGAGGUCAUCCCGUGCAGGGUGAUUCGAGCGCGGGCGGGAACCAGAGUGCCUUUGUACAUCCAGAUAACCUCGUACCACUGAAACUGGCCAUUUUACGACAUCUACCUGUUCUUGUGUUCAAUGCCGAGAAGGAAUUCGAACAGAAGGAUGCCG